AUGGUAACAUGGAUUAUGGUGUGUAUUAGAACAGUCAGUUACACUCUCAUGCUUAAUGGUAAUCUAUCAGAAACUUUCCCAGCCAAAAGGAACUUAGACAGGGGGGAUGAGCCACCAGUGAGUUUAAUCAAGGAAAAGUUCCUCCAGUUCUCAACUGCUUCUGGCCUGAAGGCUAAUAUGUCCAAAAGCCAGUUCUAUUUUGGAGGAGUUACUACGCAAAAACAACAGGGUAUAUUAGGUAUUCUGGGAUAUAAGUUGCGUGAACUCCCUUUUAAGUACUUAGGUAUCCCGCAAUCAACCAAGAGAUUGACUGUUUUACAAUGUAAACCACUGGCAAAUAAGAUCACUGCUAAUAUUAAUAAUUGGAUGGCUAAAACACUAUCUUAUGCAAGGAGAAUUCAGCUUAUUAAAGCAGUGUUGUUUGGGGUUCAAGCCUAUUGGGCCCAAUUGUUCCUACUACCUAAGAAGGUGUGCUUACCUAGAGGAGCAGGUGGAUUGAAUCUCCUGGACCUGAAAAUUUGGAAUCAAGCUGCAAUUUGUAAGCUAUUAUGGGCAUUGAGACUAAGGAAGGAGAAAUUAUGGAUAACAUGGAUCCAUACAUAUUACAUUAAAAGGCAUGUUAUCAACAGCAUGAACACUCCUAGCCAAGCUUCCUGGAUGGUAAGGAAAAUCUUCAACAUGAGGAAAGUCUGGCAUACAAUGGUUGCAACGAAAAUGGUUCAAGAUAGUAAAUUCCUCAUUUCAAAGGUGUAUACUGCUAUUAGAGGUGAUGUUCAAAACGUGGAAUGGAAACAUUUAGUUUGCCAUAACAGCGCAGAACCAAGACAAGUAUUUAUUUUGUGGCUACAACUGUGGGGAAGGCUAAGGACAAAAGAAGUGCUAUUGAAAUGGGGGCUGACUGUUUCUCCUACUUGUGUACUAUGUGAUCAAGCUCCUGAAAAUGCAAAUCAUCUAUUCUUUGAAUGUCCAUACUCUCAGACACUGUGGAGGGAAGUCUUGAAGUGGCAGACAUGGUGUAGAAGGAUUAGCAGCUAG